GGGCCUCUGUUCUCUGAGCGUGCUCAGUAUGUUCUUCCUGGUCCUGUGGGUGGAGUCAGGUUACGGCGUGAUGAUGUUGAACUCGGUGCUCCUCCCUCAGGUGUCUUCAGGAGGACAGGGAGGCCGAGCAGGAGUCCAGUCUCACCUGAGGAGGAGGAGGAGGAGCUGGGUGUGGAACCAGUUCUUCAUCCUGGAGGAGUACAUGGGGGACGAGCCGCUGUACGUCGGAAAGCUACAUUCUGACGUGGACAAAGGUGACGGGCAGGUGAGGUACAUCCUGAGCGGUGAAGGAGCUAAGUCCAUCUUCUCCAUCGAUGAGGACACGGGGGACAUUCACGCCAUCAGGAGGCUGGACCGGGAGCAGCAGGCCUAUUACACCCUGAGGGCCCAGGCCCGAGACCGGAGCACCAACCUGCUGGUGGAACCCGAGUCCCAGUUCAUCAUCAAAGUCCAGGACAUCAACGACAAUGAGCCCCGGUUCCUGGAUGGACCGUACACGGCCCGGGUGGCUGAACGAUCUCCUGUAGGUACGUCUGUGGUGACGGUGGUUGCCACCGACGCUGAUGAUCCCACCUACGGAAACUCUGCCAGACUGGUUUACAGCAUCCUGCAGGGGCAGACACACUUCUCUGUGGAGCCAAAGACAGGUGUGGUGCGGACGGCUGUACCUAACAUGGACCGGGAGCUGCAGGACCGCUACCUGCUGGUCAUCCAGGCCAAAGACAUGAUGGGUCAGAUGGGAGGUCUGUCAGGAACCACCUCCGUCACCGUGAUGAUCACCGACGUCAAUGACAACCCGCCUCGCUUCCCCCGCAAGAGCUACCAAUUCAGUGUUCCGGAGGCGGUUCUGGUGUCGUCGGUGGUCGCUAAGAUCAAAGCUGUGGAUCUGGAUUCAGGUCCGAAUGCUGAGGUGGACUACAGGAUUCUGGAUGGAGACGGACUGGGAACGUUCCGGAUCCUCUGUGAUCCAGACACACAAGAAGGACUGGUGAUCAUUCACAAGGCUGUGGACUUUGAAGCCAAGUCCAGCUACACGCUACGCGUCGAGGCAUCCAAUCGCUACGUGGACACCCGCUACCUGUCGGCAGGUCCUUUCAGCGACGUGGUGACGGUUCGGCUCCUGGUGGAGAACGUGGACGAGCCUCCGGUGUUCUCAUCCUCCAUCAGCCGGAUGGCGGUGUCCGAGGCGGCUCCGGUAGGAACCGACCUGGGAUCAGUUUCAGCUCAUGACCCCGACGCCUCCAACAGUCCUGUGAGGUACUCCAUAGACAGACAGUCUGACCUCCAGCGUUACUUUGACAUCGACAGCAGUUCAGGUGUGAUCAGGACAAGCAGACAUCUGGAUAGAGAGGUCAGAGUUCUGCAUAACAUCACCGUUGUUGCCACGGAGACCUUGGAUACAUCUCAGGUGGGGAAAGCUAUAGUUCUGGUCUCUGUGGCAGACGUUAAUGACAACGCCCCGAGCUUCGCCAUGGAGUACCAAACGUUUGUCUGCGAGAAUGCCCAACCUGGACAGGUUGUUGAGACGGUGAGUGCGGUGGACCCGGACAUACCAGAGAACGGACAUCAGUUCCUGUUUUCUGUCAGUACCGAGGCUGCUGGAAACCUGAGUUUCACCCUGAGAGACAACAAUGACAACACAGCAUCUGUCCUGACUCGACGAACUGGAUUUGUUCGGUGGGAACGGCCGCUCCACUUCCUGCCAGUGGUGAUUUCUGAUGGCGGCGUUCCGUCUCUGACCAGCACGAACACGCUGACCAUCACCGUCUGCGACUGCGACGUCAAUGGGAACCACCGGCACUGCAGCCAGGGGGCGGAGCUACCAGACGGCCUCGGCAGCUCUGCUGCAGUUCUGCUCACCUGCAUUCUGCUGGGUGUCGUCAUGGUAACAGUUUCCAUGAACCGCAGGAGGAGGGAGCCUCUGUUGAAGGAUGACGAGCGAGACAUUCGUGAGAACAUCAUCUGCUACGAUGAUGAAGGUGGAGGAGAGGAGGACACUAAGGCCUUCGACAUGUUCGCUCUGAGACAGCUGAACCAAACGCAGCCGGCUGGCCGAGACGCCGCUGAACCACCGCUGCUGCCGCUCACCAGGAGCCUGAGGCCUCACAAAGAUAAAAACCGGCUCUUCCAGGAAUUCAUCAGGGACCGGCUGAAGGAGGCUGGCCUGGACCCGACAGCGCCGCCCUACGACUCUUUGCAGACCUACGCCUUCGAGGGCCGUGGGUCAGCCGCCCAGUCACUCAGCUCGUUAAGCUCGUUAAGCUCGUUAGAGUCUCAGCAGAGCUACCAGUUCCUCAGAGAGUGGGGGCCGAGUUUCAGGAAGCUUGCUGACCUCUAUGGACACCAUGAGGGAGGGGGAGGAGACGUGGUCAGUGGCGUGUGACAGGUGUGGAGGGUGUGGUCAGAGGAUUCACCUGCAUCAAACCGGUCAGAACCGGAACAGGAUCACAGCUUGGGACUCAAGUGGUUCUGAGACCCAGCAUGCAUUUCUACAGUGAGUCCAGCUUGUUGGCCAUGUUUGUUGUCCAGUCAGAAACUGUGACAUUCAUUAGACUUUGUUCAGCUGACCAAUCACAACAAGAGUCACCUGACUGCUGUGUCACAUGGUCUGUGAUGUCACUGACAGGAGAUAAAACCAGGAGACCAACCAGCAGGUGAAGUCACUGCAACAAACCUUUACACUGUUAUUAUUGUUAUUAUUAUUAUUACUAUUAUUAUUAUUGUUGUUGUUGUUGUUGUUGUGAUGAAGCCCACCGCUGAAGAGAAGCAACAAAUGCAGCAAAGCAACAGAGUGAAGCUGAUUGUGUGUUGAGUUUGGUUAAAGUCCUGUGAUCAGCAGCUAAUCAAUAAUCAGAACGCUGUCUGCUGGAGGUUCCAUUACCUGAACACCUUUAUCAUGACUCCACUAAACCGUCAGAAUGUGGACCUCCUGUUCACACAUUAAUACUAGUUUUGACUUUCACAUUACAAUUUCUACAAUUUCAUGUAGCAGACGCUUUUGUCCAAAGCGACGUACAACACAAGCAAGAAUUCAGACAUAAGGAAAAACCUGUAGUGAGUGCAAAAGUGCUUCAAGUGCGAUUGGUCAAAGGUGUUGCCAUCAAGUUGCAGAAGACAUUACACCCUUGUACUUUAUAAUAAUGUGUUUUAUUGUGUUCUUUACUCUGACAGACAACACUCUGCUGUGAAAUCCACCAAUCUCACCUCAUUGUAGAUUCUAACAAUGUUUUACAAAUUCCUGUACAUCUUAGGAGGUUUAUGGCUGUUUCUCUGACCAGCAACACAACUGCAUGUUCUUCUGUCCAUAGUUUCUGAUUUAUCUGUAUGUUCCAUCCAUGUAUGAUCUACUGGAUACCUUCAAUAAAGCUAUCUAUCUAUCUAUG